CGGCCGAGGAGGCGCCUGAGCACGGCGGCAUCUUCCCUUGUCUCAUUGGUGGGAGGAGGAGCCGCCGCCGCCGCCGCCGCCGCCUGCGGGGAAGAAGUAAACCACUAAUUAUGUGAAAAUGACCCCAGCAUCCUACCAUACUGCUUUUCAGCAUCGCAUGUAGUUCUUGCAUUCAGUUUCCAUCAUCUGAAACACUUCAUUGCUUUCAAAAGGGCCUGCAACUUCGUGGUGAUGAAAAAAUGCUGCAUCACUGGAGAAGUAAAUGAAGAGCUGAGUUCUGUCAGUUUAUUGUCAGCAUUGGAUGGCAUAAUGACAUUCCACUGUUUGUUCAAGCUUUGUAGUCAUACAUACUGAAGAAAGAAGAUAAUUUUUAUCACCUGGACAAGUUAGCAUCAUUUCAUGAUUACUGCUAUAGGAAACUGAUGAGAAAUUAAGAAGAUCAGAGAAGGUUAGGACCCUUCCAUAAAGGUGUGAUUAAGUCCUUUUUCUCUGUGACUCUUUCCUCCUGAUUUUUUCUUAGCCUGUGGUUAGAGGCCUGGGAGGAAGCAGCUCUGCACAGACUUUUGGCUCAGUGGUGGGAUUCUAAGCACUCAGAGAUCGAAGAGUGAAUAUGUAUUCUUAAAUGAAUUAUAGGUUUUUAGAAACACCACUUUUGCAGAUGCAGACAUGUGGCAAUCAGGGGACUCGGGCACAAAUCCAUAUGGAGGAUGAAUCUCCUCCUUCUCAAGGAGUCAGUGUCAAGGUUUUGGAGGCAACAUUAUUGUCAGCCCUGAAGAUGCUGGAUGUUGGGAAAUGGCCAAUUUUUUCUCUCUGUUCCCAAGAGGAGCUCAAAUUAAUUCGUCAAGCCUGUGUAUUUGGCAGUGCUGGUAAUGAAGUCUUGUAUGCAACUGAAAAUGAUGAGGUUUUUGUGCUUGGCACAAACUGCAGUGGGUGUUUGGGAACAGGUGACAUCCAGAGCACUAUGGAACCAAGGAGAUUAGAUACUUUAUGUGGCAAAAAGUUAGCCUGUCUGAGUUAUGGAAGUGGCCCUCAUGUUGUUCUUGCUACAGAAGAAGGAGAAGUGUAUACAUGGGGUCAUAAUGCUUAUAGUCAGUUGGGCAAUGGUACAACAAAUCAUGGUUUGGUUCCCUGUCAAGUCUCUACUAACUUGGUGAACAAGAAAGUCACUGAAGUUGCCUGUGGCUCUCAUCAUUCUAUGGUGUUAACAUCUGAUGGAGAGGUAUAUACGUGGGGUUAUAAUAACUCGGGCCAGGUUGGAUCCGGUUCAACAGUUAAUCAGCCAAUUCCUCGAAGAGUUACUGGCUGCCUACAAAAUAAAAUAGUAGUUAAUAUAGCCUGUGGACAGAUGUGCUCUAUGGCUGUAGUAGAAAAUGGAGAGGUUUAUGUCUGGGGUUACAAUGGUAAUGGCCAGCUUGGACUGGGCAGCAGUGGCAAUCAGCCAACACCAUGCAGAAUAGCAGCUUUGCAAGGCAUUCGUGUACAGCGGGUUGCCUGUGGCUAUGCACAUACGUUAGUGCUAACAGACGAAGGUCAGAUUUACGCCUGGGGAGCCAAUUCAUAUGGCCAGUUAGGUACUGGGAAUAAAAGUAACCAGUCUUACCCUACAACAGUAAUUGUGGAUAAGGACAGAGUCAUAGAGAUUGCAGCUUGCCACUCUGCCCACACUUCGGCUGCCAAGACCCAGAGUGGCCAGGUGUACAUGUGGGGCCAGUGCCGUGGCCAGUCUGUGGUCCUUCCUCACCUCACGCACUUUGUCUGCACUGACGAUGUGUUUGCUUGCUUUGCUACCCCCGCCGUUAUGUGGCGUCUUCUAUCAAUAGAGCCUGAUGACCAUCUAACAGUAGCCCAGUCACUGAAGAAGGAAUUUGACAACCCUGAAACCGCAGACCUGAAGUUUCUAGUGGAUGGAAAAUACAUUCAUGUUCAUAAAGUUCUUCUCAAAAUUAGGUGUGAACAUUUUCGUUCCAUACUGAAUAGUGAUGAUGAAAUUAUAGAAAUGAAUGAAUUUGCUUAUCCUGUUUACCGAGCCUUCCUGGAAUACCUGUACACAGACAACAUUAGACUCCCUCCUGAAGAUGCAAUAGGGCUCCUAGAUUUGGCAACACUGUAUAGAGAAAACAGAUUGAAAAAGCUUUGCCAGCAAACAAUCAAACAAGGCAUUUGUGAAGAGAAUGCGAUUGCUCUUCUUUCAGCCGCUGUCAAAUAUGAAGCUCAGGACUUGGAAGAAUUUUGCUUCAGAUUUUGCAUAAACCACUUAACUGUUGUUACACAAACUCAAGGCUUUGCAGAAAUGGACCAUGACCUUCUGAAAAACUUCAUUAGCAAAGCAAGCAGAGUGGGAGCAUUCCGCAAUUGAGGCCUGACUGCCAUCGAGCUGAAGAGCAUGUCCUCUUCCAUUCUAGAAAUACUCCUCCUUUGCAGCCCUUAUCCGUGGUCAGAAUGUCAAAGGUUUGAAAGGAGAAGGUCAGUGCACAUUGUCUUAGGAAAUGUGGAAGUCCACUAGUAAAAAGUUUUGUAAAGAUGGCUGCAGCAUAGAUGUACGGUGAGAGUCCAUUUGCCAACAUUCAGAAUUUAAGAACAAAAAAAUCUAAAACAGUAACUAGCAUUUUCCACUUUAAAGAAAGAAAACUGUUAUUUUUGUCUUGCCUGCCUGUUUUGGUUUUGUUUUGUUUUUUAAACCCAUCUGCAUUUAUGAGACAGUGACUUGUUCGCUGCUAAAAUGUUCAUAGUAUACCUGUGUCACAAAACUAAGUUAACAUGCUACAGUAGACUUCUUUGUGCCUAGUUUAUCAUCCAGUGAAGAUAUAAACUUGUUUUUCUGAAUAUAUGAUAAAGUAAUAUAAAUUCUUUAGGAAGAGAAAUUUUUCUAAUGGAUAGGAAGGUACAUCUCACUAGGUGUUUAUUUAUUUGGAGUGUAAAUAUUUAACCAUCAAGAACUUGCAUUGGAUAUUACAUUCAUUGCUCUAGACAGAAUGAAAAAAUCUUCCUUUGCAUUAUACUAGGUAUGUUCCCUGGCACCCCAGUGGGGCAGUAAAUGUUCAUAGUAUUUGUCAGGACAUGGAUUAUUUUGCUGUGUGUUUUCAUAGUCAGAAAACUGUCUCAUUGCUUGUUUCCGAGAAAAAGAAACUUGAAAAAAUAUGAAGGAAAGGGAAAUUCCACUUGAGGUUUAUGUGUUUGUUCCCAUCUUACUAUCCCCAGACGUAAGAGAAGUGGAGAAAGAAGAUGGACAGUUUUAAAAUGAUAAAAUGGUUUUAUGAUUAAAUCACAGAAGUGAAACUCACACACAUUUUCCAGAGGGCAAUAAGGACACCUUGUUCAAAUAAACUGCAGUUUGUCUUUACAUGCCCAUUUUAAGUGCGAGGAGUUGCCCUCUGCACAUGCCUCUCUCUCACCAUUGAGGGGGACUGGAUGGCUAAGUUAGACUGGAUGGUUAACUUCUAAAUGGCUGAAGUGAGUUAAGAUUAAAUCCCACCUUGUGUUGCACAGAAGGACAUUUGCCCCAAUACAGAAGAUGCUGAGCUAAUGAAAUGUUUACUUGAAUUUUCUAGCAGGGACAAUUGUAUAUUAACGCUGAGAAGUUAUUUAUCUUAAAAGACUGGAUGAAGUGGCUUUAAGUAAGUUCCUUUUGCAGUAUUUUACAACUGGAGAAGGCAAGAAGUUGGAUGGCUGUGCUCAGUAAACUAAUAUAAUUAGUCAUGUGACCUUCAGGCAAAUACUUUCUCUGCCACAGAGUCCUUCAAUGACCAACUGUAGUCCUCAAAAGCUGUCUGCAAGUACCUCAUUGCCUUAAAUGAUCUCAAACUCAUUUCUAAAGUGGAAGUAACUGUUCUUUAUUAUAUCAGAGGAACAUUUCCCAAGCAAUCAUGUUCCUUUGGAAGGAAGCAGAAGAGAAGUAAGUCCUGGGAGAAGAAGAUGAGGAAAAGUGUCAUCAUGUCAGUCUCUGCUGGUUAUGACUGAAAGGUCAGGGGGAGGCGGGGAGAAGUACAGGUGGUAGAAUUUACUUCGGAAAAGGGCCAAAAGUAAAUUAUUUUGGAAAAUGCUGUGUUAAAAAAUCAUUUGCAUUUGAGGCAUUUGCCUCAAACCCUCACUGGAAAUAUGCUGGAUCAUCUACUUCCACUAGGCUUGUUUUGCCAUCCCCUCAGUGAUUAGUACGACUUCCUCCACCAGCAGAAGUCCAUACUUCAGCUGCUGUGUCAGUGUUUUGUAUUCACACAGGAAAACUGGUCAAAAAAUUUUGCAGUACAUAAUGCCAUUUCAUCAAAACUCAAACUGCCCUGGGGAAAAGAUUUGUUUUGAUAAUUUGGGGUUGAAAAGCACUUGACUCAGGCUCACAGAUAAAAGUUAAUGCAGACAGUAAAACAAUAUCCAGGGUAGGGCACAACUUUAUUGCAAAACUUAAAUGAUAGCAUUGCCCUAUGUCUGUGCUCUGACAGGAUUUGUACCAGGCUCUAUGUAACCCAAGAUGGGAAUUCCAACAUAUUUGGUUAAGCCAAGGACUUCUGGGGUGAAGGCUCUGGCUCUUUCACCCUUCAAGGCUCAAGACAGAGUUACCAGAUUCACCUCCCAACAUGCUGAAAGAUGUUGCACUGGCGCAGCCCAGUGCUUGGGUAGCAGCUCCUACCGAAGCCUGCCCCGCAUGCACUGCAUUACACUGGCACACAUCCCAGCUAACUAGGAAAUUCAGCCAAGUGGGCAUCCACACUGGACCUGGCCUGCGGGCGGGAAUCGAGGCUGUGGGCACUGAACCAGCAAGGUUUAUAAAACCUUCUGGUGACAUCAGUGAGCUCAAGGGCCUCUGUGAGUACAGAGGAAGGGCAGAAGGUAGACAGACACCCGGGCAGCACGUAGGCCAGCCCUGCCCUCAUCCCUCUGAGUGGGGCAAAAGACACUCUGCACCCAGUUACCGUGUUUGAGAAAUGCUGAGUAAGUUCCACAAUACAUACCAGAAGGGUCUCUGUAAAAAAUAACUAGUGACAGUUCCUUUAUGUAAAACAAUGUGAAAUGUUGAUUUUGGUUUUUUUGUUAACAUCUGACUAAAAGCAGCCUCUGCUCAGUGACCAGCCUUGGCUCCCAUAUCACUCUCCUAAACUGGCUCAAGUUCAUAAUGCAGUAUUUCAACAAACCAAGACACUCAAAUUGAAACUACUGCAAUCAAAAUGGUGCAUUUCCUUAGUGAGGCAGUUUUGGCUUAAUGUAACCAAGGGUGCCAUUUUUUUCUAUUUACUUCCUUCCUGCUCAUUGUUUCCCCACCUAUUGUGCAGAUUACAGCCUAGUUUGAAUGUAGGUAAUGUCAAAGCCUAUAAUUUUCAGAAAAAUCAUCUCUGGACCGAAGGGGUUCUAAAGAUCCGCUCUGUCAGUACUGUUUGUUUAUUCAUGAAAUAUGUAUUGUUUGACCUGGAUGUGAUAGUAUUACAUUCAUAGAAACCUUUAUUUUUUUAGCUUUCAUUGCAUGCACUUUCCUUGGGACUUAAAGGUCAAUGCUUAAAAAAAAAAAGAUCAUGGCCAAAAGCAGCUUAGGUGGUCAAAUUUAGAUACGUGUGCAUAAAUGUGUGUGAAAUCCAGUCCUUCAAAUAGGCAUGGGACAUGUCAGAAGAAAUUAGGAAUGCAUUUUAGCAUUGCGAGGUGGUAUGCAACAAAGCUUCGUUUCUGGAUCUUGAAUGUUAAAUACUUAAUUAAGAGGGUAUUUAAAAAUAUUUUUUAGGCAAUACAGAUAAAAAGACAAAAAAUGCAAAUAAUGUCAAGCAUAAAAUGUUUCUGGGGAUCCAAAUAAAGGGGGAUCUUCCAUUUAAAAGAAAGAAAAAAGUAUAUAAACUUUCUGAAUUAAAUGGAAUUUGAAAGAAAAAAAAGUAACAGAUGUAGGAUCAUUUAAAUGCUUCUUAAGUGAUUCACGUUAAAAUCCAGCAUUGCACUGUCAUUUAGUACCGACCUCUGGAGUUUUAUUACAAUGCCUGAUCACUGUGUAAAUUGCUGUUUCCAUAUAUAAGUUUCUAUAAGAUCUGAACACUUUCAGUGGGCUUUCCUUGUAAAACAAAGCGUUUAAUUGCCUCAGAGACAGGAAUCAUUAGCUACUACCUAAUGAUAUAUAAUGUUUACAGCCUGGACAUAAAAAUAUCCAAUUUCAUAUUUCCGUAUGAACUUACCUGCUUUUAACAGACCAUUAAUAAAAAUGCCAUAAUAUUUAAAA